AGAGAGGCCAAUCUCUCCCCAUAUUUAUGAAAAUUCUGUCGAAGAUACAGAAGCCCUCACUUUUGCUUCUUUGCCGGCCAUGACGCCAAUUUCCGGCAGGGCCACCGCUCUUCUUCUCCUCAUCUUUAUAUGGCCGGUUAUUGCCGCAGAAAAUGGUGGUUCUGAAGAUACGACAAAGCUUCAGUUCAGAGAAGCUCCUAAGUUCUAUAACUCCCCAAUUUGUCCUUCUCUCAAUUGGGUUACCGCCGCCGCCGCCGGAGGCGGCGGCGGCCUUUCUGGUCGGCUUUGCUUCGAGAAUGCGGUGCAUGUAGCGAUGACGCUUGAUUCGGCUUAUCUCCGGGGGUCAAUGGCGGCGAUUUUCUCCGUUCUUCAGCACUCUUCUUGCCCGGAAAAUAUAGUGUUCCAUUUUGCGGCGGCGGCGUCGGCCGACGCCGCCGCCUCACUCAACCACACCAUUGCCAAGUCGUUUCCCUAUCUCCGGUUCGGAAUCUACCGGUUUGACGACUCGGCCGUGGCCGGUCUGAUUUCCACUUCCAUUAGGGCGGCGUUGGAUUGCCCCUUAAACUACGCGCGCAACUACCUCGCCGAUCUACUCCCGCCAUGCGUCCGCCACGUGGUCUACCUCGACUCCGACCUCGUACUCGUCGACGACGUCGCCAAGCUCGCCGCCACGCCGCUUCACAACGACGCCGUACUCGCGGCGCCGGAGUACUGCAACGCGAAUUUCUCGGCGUAUUUCACGCCGACAUUCUGGUCAAACCCUUCCCUCUCCUUAACCUUCGCGAACCGGAAGGCGUGCUACUUCAACACCGGAGUCAUGCUCAUCGAUCUCCGCCGCUGGAGAGCCGGAGACUACACCACCAAGAUCGUGGAAUGGAUGGAGCUUCAGAAGAGGAUGCGGAUUUACGAGCUGGGUUCUUUGCCGCCGUUUUUGCUAGUUUUCGCCGGAAAUAUAGCUCCGGUGGAUCACAGAUGGAACCAGCACGGGCUCGGCGGCGACAACUUCCGAGGUCUUUGCCGGGAUUUACACCCCGGUCCGGUCAGCCUACUGCAUUGGAGCGGCAAGGGUAAACCCUGGGCUCGACUCGACGCUAACCGGCCAUGUCCGCUUGAUGUUCUCUGGGCACCAUAUGAUCUCCUACAAACACCAUAUGUUCUUGAAUCUUGAUUCCGAUUGAUGGCGUUUUCAAGUUUGAAGCUAAGCACGAGAGAGAGUAGAGAUCUGGGGUUAUAUAUAUAGAGAUCCUCCUCAAUUGUGUUAUAUGUACAUGGCAUUAUAGAAGCGAUAUGAUAUGAUGCAAGAAAGGUAAGAGGUUUUGAUUAACUUAUAAUUACUUGUAAAUUAUAAUAUAAUUAUUAUGACGUAUAAGCAAGAUCUUGUACUAUAUAUAACUAGCACGUACUAGUAUGUAGUUAGUUUCUGCAGAAUGUACUAUGUGCUAGUGGUGACAUCAUACAGUCAAAUUAUAAACUAUCCAAGAAAGGAGAAAAUUACGCAUAUAA